UAUGCGGUUUCUGUGGGUUCUGGGCCAUGCUGAUCCUUUGUCGUGCAGAUGCUGACUGUUCCAGGGUCUGACGUUGUAUGGACUUGCAUGGCUAGUCUGAUCGGCCGCAAGUUCCUCCGUGAACGACUGUGCUCAUAGUGAAGUUAAGAAAGACCACCCACAAAAUGCAAAAGGGCAUCACCAACUUACGUUCAGCUUUUUUGAAGCUUUGCAGUGAAGAAACUCAUUCGGCAGGAGAUCAAUCGGCGUCAGUUGCCGUAACAUUUGCGCUAUGUUCAGGACUGAACCGACUGAUACGUCCCUUGACGUUCUGAGGUGCUGCAUUCCGAAAGGAAGGUGCGCUCAAGUAGUCCUCCUGAACAUAAAUAGUUUCACCAUCGAUAGAGAGAAUGAGCAGAGAAAUAGCGGAGUGCAAUAAGGCCUCGACUUUAUUUCGUAGGUGAUCUACCUCCAAGCCAUAGUUCCAUGCACAUCCGUCGAGCCCAUCAAGAUCACCGGCAUUGGACAGAAAUGAAGAUUGGAGCUUCGUCUGUAACUACAUCAAACUUACAUCUACGGAAGGCUGCACUUCUUCUCUUGAAAUUGAAAACUUGCAGGAUCCUUCAUGCAGUACUCAUCUUAGUCCUUGUGGUCCACCCAUGGCCAGUUUCGUGUUCGACACUGAAUUGCACAAUUGAUGAAAUUCCAGGGGUAUUUGAUGGGUUCCCGGCGUGUCGGGCCGGUAGCUGCAGAGCAAAAUACGAAGACAAGAAGCCGUAUUGGUGUGACUCUAUACGGCUGUGCGUAUCCGAUCGGAUAGCUUGCAAUGACACGGAUGAGAUCCCGGGCGUACCACCCAGGAGUCCUCCACCUCCUGCAGAGCCGUAUUGCUCGGGGGCGCAUAUAAGAGGAUUUGAUCGCAAAACGAACUCGUGCCUGUGUGAGGAAGGAUGGUGAUCGUGAUAUGUGUACUCGCCGUUAUUCUAUCUAUGUGCAUAUUGUUGUGUUACAUAUCCACUGUCAAGACCGUAGUCAGAUGUGCCACUCUUGGCAGUAGCAGGUGCAGCGACAACCACGAGACUGUUGCAGCAGAGAUGAUAAGUCAUAGCAAUUAAGAUGAGUAUAUCAACAAUGACUCUGUUCCUACAGCUUCCUAAAGUUGUUCAUGACUGGCUAGUGAGCGCAAUGUACUGCGCAUUGGAGUGUUCAAUGUACUGCGCAUGAAUCAACCUUCAGCAAACAUGAAAGGAAGGUGUUAGUUACAUCGAUAUGGAAAGUUUGCAUUAACAAGAUCCGAACAGAUCUUGGAGACUCUUGUAGGAAAUAAGGGACUUCCAGUCAGUUAUAAAGGACUAAGAACAAUAUCGCGAA